AUGGAGGUAUACAUUGUGGCUCACUUGGAGAUUCCCUCAAGGAUGAAGUCUUGUGUCCUGUUUGGUAAGUGUCCAAAUCCUGUGAACACAUCAUCGGCAGCGGCAUGGUGGUGGGUCACUUUUCCAGCCAGAGAGACAAAAUGGGGGUUUCUAAGCAGAUCGAGGAAGCCGGAGAAGUCAUCGGAGACUUCUUCGCUCGGUAAUCUCAACGAUGACGAGGACGACGACGAGGACGACAUCGUUUCAUCAAGCGGUGGUGGAGGUAACGACGUCGUAUCGACUAACACAGGCUUCUGUUCUCUGGGUUCCCUAGAGGGCUCUCUUCCCAUCAAGAAAGGGUUGUCGAAUUGUUUCACGGGAAGAUCAAAGUCGUUUUCGAAUCUAUCAGACGUGAAUACGGUGGCAGAUUUGCAAAAGGAAGAGAACCCAUUCAACAAGAGGAGAAGAACCCUAAUUGCAUACAAGCUGUUGAGAAAAAAUUCAGGUUUCUACAGUUGGCAAAACCCGAAUUCAAUGCCUCUUUUGACCCUCGAAGAAGACCCAAAUCAAGAGAACAACUCAUCUGAAGACAAAGAAGAAGACAAAGAACAAAAACUCCAUUAGAGGAAGUUCAAGACCUUUUCUCCUCUCAUUCCAAUUCUCAGUCAUGUCCUCAACAAAUGCCUUCGUCUCAGCAUCAACAUCAGACGAAAGAACAAUAGCAGACUCUGAA